AUGGCGCUGUCGACGACGCUCAGCGUCUCCGGUGGAGUCACGGUGUUCAUGUCCCUCGUCAUCCUCUUCGGCUUCUCCUCGUGGCUCGCCGCAACGGUUUGCCUGGGCGUUGGGAUUUUGAUCGUCUACGCGGUGGACUUAGUGGUGCAGAAGCUCACGCCUGGGCAGGGCUUCGUCAAGAUGGACGAGGCCGCCAAGCAGAAGCUGCAACUCAUGGGCAUCCUUAGUGGCAUCGCCAUCGCGCUGCACAACAUCCCGUCUGGGAUCGCCACGUUCACCGCUGGACUAGAAGACCCCGCGUUCGGACUCCCCAUGGCCAUUGGAGUCGGCCUUCACAACAUGGCGGAGGGUGUUGCCGUCGCAGCACCGGUGUAUUUCGCGACAGGCAGCAAGUGGAAGGGAAUCAUGUGGUGCAUCAUUGCUGCAGUUGCUGAGCACAUCGGGGCCUUCAUCGCGUUGCUCAUUGUGGGGAAGGAGGUCCGCGACUUUGCCCAAGCCACGCUGUACGGCAUUGUGGCCGGAAUGAUGUCCACGAUCACGAUGAAGGAGAUCUUCCCCACCGCGUAUACGUACGCUAAUGGCCGCAUCUACCUCGUCUCCAAUGGCGGACUCGCCGGAAUGAUCCUCAUGGCGUUGAGUCUAUCGUUCUUCAAGCACGUGGGAGUAGGCAAGUAG